AAAUAUUCGGAGAAAUUGGUGACUGCGAUGCUCGUGGAUGGGAUCGAUUGAUGCAGUUCUUACAUGGAUAGACGCGUCGUUACUCGUUAGUUGCUCGGGAUUGAUAAAGUUGACAUAGUGUAAGGAUUAUUGGAAGAGAGCAGAAGACAUACAUAGACAAAGGGCAGCGAUAGUCCUUGCAACAAUAAAGUAUAAGUUCGAUCGAUUUGUGAUAUCGUAUCUUUCAAGGAAUAAAGUAAACUCAGCCGAUAACUGUGACAACUUACAGCGACGUCCUUCCCAGCGCGUCGGUAAUGCAGAUUGUCAGCAGUGCUAACACACAUAUUUGAAAAUAUCAAACGGAAUUCCGCGCAGCCGAGAAAUGGCCGCCGAAAUGUCGCUGCUGCACGGCUAGCGAAUAUCCUAGGCGAUCCAGUGAGCUCUCAGAGGUCCGCAUCAUCGUACAGCGGGCAGCGAGUUUUUUCGAUUCGCGUCAAACCCAUUGGUAACGUUACGGAUCAGCAAAGUGUCAUCGCCAAGGAGCCAGCGGCUGAUGAACUAGUAAAAGAUGGAAGAAGACACUGAAUACACAAAAUUACCUGUUGAAGACCGCUGUGUGCACAAGUUAUGGAAAGCACGUGUACAUGGAUAUGAAGAAUGCACAAAGACAUUUAGAUGUAUCGAUGAUGAAAAGUCACCUGAGUGGAACAAGUUCCUUGGCCUUGUUAAGAAAUUUGUUAUUGACAGCAAUGCUGCAGCGCAAGAAAAGGGGCUGGAAGCAGUGCUUGCAUAUGUUGAAAAUGCAGCUGCUGCUGGAAAAACAACUAGUGAAGUUAUGAGUGGAAUUGUCACAAAGUGCAUUGCCGCUCCAAGAGCUAAGACAAAGGACUUAGCCAUUCAAGUAACGUUGAUGUAUAUUGAAAUUGAAAAACACGAGGCUGUACAAGAAGAGCUUGUCAAAGGAACAGAAGCUAAAAAUCCAAAAAUUGUAUCAGCAAGCAUUGCAAUUCUCACUCUUGCGCUCAAGGAAUUUGGUCCAAAAGUUGUAAACGUAAAACCUCUAAUGAAAAAAGUUCCUGCUCUACUUGAAGAUCGUGAUAAGACAGUGCGUGAUGAAACAAAAGCUUUAGUUGUUGAAAUAUACAGGUGGAUUGGUGCUCCUCUAAAACAACAGCUAAACACAUUGAAGCCCCUUCAAUUGUCUGAACUAGAAACAGAAUUUAAUAAUUUAAGCAAUGAAAAGGCUGUUCCAGUGAGGUAUUUAAGAUCUCAAAAGCCUAAGGUCUCGUGCCAUGUAGAUCUUAAUACUGGUGAACCUGACAAUGAUGAUGAAGUAGAUGAUGACGAUGGAAAUCAAGUUGAUAUAGAUCCAUAUGAACUAAUUGAUCCUGUUGACAUUCUGUCUAAGUUACCAAAAGAUUUUUAUGACAAAAUUGAAUCGAAAAAGUGGCAAGAAAGAAAGGAGGCUCUUGAAGCUUUAGAAACAUUAGUAAAAAAUCCAAAACUAGAAAAUGGAGAUUAUGGAGAAGUUAUUCGCGCUCUCAAAAAAGUAAUAUCAAAGGAUUCUAAUGUUGUAGUAGUAGCUUUGGCUGGAAAAUGCUUAAGUGGUUUAGCGACUGGUCUAAAGAAACGAUUUCAAUCGUAUGCUACAGCAUGUCUUCCGGCAAUUUUAGAGAAAUUUAAAGAAAAGAAACAAAACGUUGUUGUGGUUCUUAGGGAAUGUGCAGAUGCAAUCUUCCUUAGUAUUAAUAUUGAGCAAAUCUUGGAAGAUGUAUUAGCUGCAUUUGAAAACAAAAAUCCAUCCGUUAAAGCUGAAACUGCGUCUUUCUUGGCUCGUUGCUUUGCAAGAACACCACCGCCUAGUUUAACGAAAAAAUUAUUGAAGGCUUAUACAGGACCUCUGCUUAAAAUCCUUAAUGAACCUGACCCAUUAGUAAGAGACAAUGCCGCCGAUGCACUUGGAACGGCAAUGAAAUUAGUUGGAGAAAAAGCAAUGUCACCUUUCCUAGCCGAUUUAGAUAACUUAAAAAUGUCAAAAAUAAAAGAAAGCGCUGAAAAAGCUGUGAUUCUCGUAAAAGUAUCUACGGCACGUAAAGCACCUAGUGAAAGGCCGAAUACUGCGCCAGCAAAGAUUGAAGCUCCAGCCAGAGAAAAUAAUGCAAAAACUACCAGGCCUAAGACAGCUGCUGGAAAGAAGCCUGUUGCUAAGAAACUUGCAGCAUCAUCAGUUACGAAUUUAGCCACGUCAAAAAAAUCGGCACCGAAACCACAAGUCGAAAAAAAUUUAAGCAAUGAAGAGGUUGAUGAGAUGGCUUCUGAAACGUUACCUAAGGAAGUUUUAUCAGGGCUUGUUGAUACCAACUGGAAAAAUCGUUUGGCUGCUGUAGAACAGUUGACCGAGCAUGUGAAACAAAUGGAAUCUUCUCAAGUGUCGACACAACUCAUUGUAAGAGUAUUAGCUAAAAAACCUGGAUUUAAAGACACUAAUUUUCAAGUUUUAAAACUUCGUUUAGAACUUGUCAAAAUGUUAGCCGAAAAUUAUUCAUUCUCAAGUACUGUGACUGAAUACUGUUUAAUGGAUGUAACAGAAAAAUUAGGUGAUGUCAAAAAUUGUACUACGGCAGCAGAAACCUUAACAGCUAUAGCUGAGGCUACAAGUCUUGAACUAGUAGCAAAUGAAGUCAUGUCCUUUGCUUUCAAUCAAAAAAAUCCCAAGGUGCAGCAAGAAACACUCUCCUGGUUGGCCAAAGCAUUAACUGAAUUUGGUUUCACAUUGAAUACAAAAGUUUUAAUUGAAAAUGUCAAGAAGGCUAUAAGUGCAACAAAUCCAGGUAUUCGUACAGCCGCUAUUUCAUUAUUAGGUACUAUGUACUUGUACAUUGGCAAGCCACUGCUAGCAUUUUUUGAGAAUGAAAAACCAGCAUUAAGACAACAAAUCGAACAAGAAUGUGAAAAGGUCGAAGGUGAAACACCUCCUGCUCCUAUUCGCAAAGUUAAAGGAAAGAAAGGACAACAAUGUCAAGGUCAAGGCGAUGAAGAAGAUGAUGGAGAAGUAGAGGAACAAGCACCCAUGACUAAAGCUGAUAUUAGUGACAUGUUACCAAGAGUUGAUAUUAGUAACCAGUUAACAGAAGCUCUUUUAAAUGAGUUAUCUGAUAAAAAUUGGAAGGUGCGCAAUGAAGCUAUUCAAAAAAUUACAAACAUUUUAAACGAGGCAAAAUUCAUUAAGGGUUCUCUUGGAGAGUUACCACAAGGGCUAGCGCAACGGCUAGUUGAUAGUAAUAGUAAAAUUGCACAAAGCACAUUAGGCAUCUGUGAAAACUUGGCAACAGCUAUGGGUCCACCAAUAAAACAACAUAUUAGAGUACUUUUUCCUGGAUUUCUCCAUUGUCUCGGCGACUCCAAAGCCUGGAUUCGUACAGCUGCAAUUUCUUGCAUGAACACUUGGGGAGAACAGUGUGGCUAUAAAGAAUUUUUCGAUGGUGAAAUGAUUGGAGAUGCUUUGAAAUCUGGAUCACCAACAUUAAGGAAUGAACUUUGGACUUGGCUUUCCGAAAAAUUACCUAAUAUUCCAACAAAGCAAAUUUCUAAAGAUGAACUAGUUACAUGUUUGCCAAUUUUGUAUAGUAAUGUUGAAGAUCGCAAUUCUGACGUUAGAAAAAAUGCUCAAGAAGCAGUACUUGGCUACAUGAUACAUUUAUCUUACGAAGCUAUGAUAAGGCAUACAGAAAAAUUAAAGCCUGGAUCAAAGGCUGCUGUGAUUGCUGUUUUGGACAAGGUUCGUCCAAACUUGCCGGUUAAACCAUUGCCACCUAGUAAAAAAGCACCUGUUGAUGAUGGUGGCUCUAAAGCUGUUAAAAGUGGAGGUGCUAUGAAAGCUGCUAAAACUAGUGUCAAGACAAAAGGCGCAGCUGCCGCUAAACCUACUAGUGCACGUAAAAAAGAUGACGAUAUUGAUACGAGUCCGUUGUUAGCUGUAAAUAAUAUGAAACAUCAACGAUCAAUUGAUGAACAAAAAUUAAAAAUUUUAAAGUGGAACUUUACGACGCCGAGAGAAGAAUUUGUUGACUUGUUAAAAGAAUUAAUGUCCACAGCAAAUGUUAAUAAAACGCUGAUGGCAAAUAUGUUUCAUUCUGAUUUCCGUUAUCAUCUUAAAGCUAUUGAAUCGUUGACUGAGGAUUUACCUGGUAACAGUAAAGCACUUGUAUCUAAUUUGGAUUUGAUACUGAAGUGGUUGACAUUGAGAUUUUUUGAUACAAAUCCAUCUGUACUUCUCAAAGGACUAGAUUAUUUACAAACAGUUUUUAAUUUUUUGAUAGAAGAUCACUAUCAUAUGUUAGAAAAUGAAGCUGCGUCAUUUAUUCCUUAUUUGAUUAUUAAAAUCGGAGAUCCAAAAGAUGCAGUAAGAAAUGGUGUUAAAGCUUUGUUUAAGCAAAUUGCAAUGGUUUACCCUGUAAGUAAGUUGUUUUCUUACGUCAUGGAAGGUUUAAAGUCUAAAAAUGCUCGGCAAAGAACAGAAUGCCUGGAUCAAUUAGGAGCGCUUAUUGAAAGCUAUGGUGUCACAGUUUGUCAACCGUCCCCAUCAGCAGCUCUAAAAGAAGUUGCUAAACAGAUAGCUGAUCGUGAUAACUCAGUUAGAAAUGCAGCAUUAAAUUGCAUAGUUCAAGCUUACUUUUUGGAAGGAGAACGAGUGUAUAAGUUAGUUGGGCAGAUCUCAGAAAAAGAUCAGUCAUUACUCGAUGAGCGGAUCAAACGAGCAGCAAAGAAUCGGCCGACGAAAACGGCACCUCCAACAAAAAUGAGAGUUCCUCAGGCGCAGGCGCCUGCUCCUACGAAUGACGUUAAUGAUAUGGAGGAAAAUAAUUAUGAUGACGAGCCUGAAGAAGAACAAAAAAUAGAAGAAGAAAUAGAAGAGAAGGAAAAUGAAGUAAUUACUCCAGAAGAUGACGAUAAUAAAACACUGGAAGCUACUUUUGUUUGCGAUGAUAAUAAAAAUUAUUAUGAGAAUGUUAAAAAAAAGGAAGAGUCUCAUUCUCGUGAAAAAGUGACAAAAAUGUCAUCAUCAAACGAAAAUCAGUCUAACGAUGAUAAAACAACAUCACCUGUGCAACCUCAACUAAAAGUAUCUGGUCCAUUUGGAUUAGACAUGGAAUUAUUGCAGAAAAUCGAAACAAAUGCUCCAGUAAAAUGUAGAGUACCAAAAUUAAUAGAACCAAGCGUAGAUCUGAACGAAACGGUAGAAAUGUUAAAUCCAACUCAUCCAAGGCAAGUGAUCCCGAUAUCACCUCCAAAACUGUUGGUACCAAAUUCCACGGAAAGCAUAUCACCAGUUAAUUCGUCAAUUGGUAAAGAAGACAGUUUAGAGAGAACUGUUCUUGGCAUGGCCAGUUUAGAUCUUACAACGGCGAUCCAGUCCAUGAGCGCAAUGGAAUCCUUCUUAAAAUCGUAUCAAGUAUCAAUGUUACAAUCAAAAGAGGAUAAGUUCAUAAGCUCCGUGAACAUGCAAUUAAAACUUCUGCAAACCUAUCCUCUGCAUCAAGGUAAUGCGCAGGUAUCAAAAGGUUUCAGAACGACGUUCAUGAUUAUACUUACUUUUUAUGACACGGGAAUACUUGGAAAAAAUGUGCCACUUCAACAUUUAAAGGACCUCGUAGAUCAAAUGAUUGGGUUUUUAGCAGAAAAGAAACUGGAACGUUUAAAUGACGCAGAAGCUUACGUUAGAGUAAUAAAUAUGAUUGUUUUGAGAAUAAUUGAUAACUCAGAUCAUACUACAAUAAUAUGCGUACUUAUAAAAUUAUUACAUGAACAUGCGGAUUCGAAUGGACCAGCAAAAUACGAGGAAUUAAUAAUGAAAUGUCUUUGGAAAAUUGUAAAAACAAUACCCAAUUGGGCAGGAGAUUUAGAUUACGAUACAAUACUUUUAGAAGUUCAUAACUUCUUCAAGGAUUACCCGUCAGCAUGGUGGAAGAAACAGAAAAAGCCUGACACACCAAUGAGAACAAUUAAAACUGUAUUGCAUAGCAUGACUAGAGUUAAAGGCAGCACAAUACUGAGCCAUUUGACGCAAAUUAAUAAUACCAGUGAAUCAGAGCUACGAUCCUACUUAAUGCGACUAAUAACGACUUUCAAGCCAGAUGAUGCAGCUAGUAAAUCCAAAGCAAAGAAUGUAACAAAAUACACACAACAGCAACUAUCAGAAAUAUUUAAAAAAAUUGGUUCAAAGCACCAAGCGCAAGAAGGUCUUGCACAACUCUACGAUUUCAAAUUGCAAUUCCCAGAAGCAGAUGUUCAACCAUUUUUAGAAAAAUCUCAUCAGUAUUUCCAAGAUUUUAUAGAACAAGGGCUUAAAGAUAUAGAUGAAACAAGAAAAAAUCAGAAUCUCUUAUCAGGACAAGCAAAUAAACAACACAAUACUGACGGAUCACGAUUAGGAAGCACUAAUGAAGAUGGAAAGAAUUUAAUGGAUCCAAUGCAUAGGUUGGAAAGACUGAGAGCUCUGGAAGCUCAGUGUAUGAAUAUUAAUCCAAGUCAGUCUAAUCAAGCAUGAAUGAAAGAAAAUCUUUGUAUCUAAUUCUAACGGCAGUCUUCGAUAAUUACAUUUCUAAUAAUAAUAGCAAACCUGAUCAGAUGCUAUAUAGAUCAAUUGCCCAUACCAAUUUGGAAAAAAAAAAUUAUUAAAAUAGUUGUGUAUAGUUCAUAAAUCAGGAUGUUCGUGUGACUUUUUGUUAUGAAAUCACUUGUAUUUAUUCGAAAUCUUUAUGCAUAUGUGAAUCAAGUUAUCGAGCUUAGAGAGUUUUUUGCCAGGUUGAAUUUUAGUGUAUUUUUUCAUCCAGUUGACGUUUUAUCGGAUAUUCACUAU